ACGAGACACCACUUCGACACACGACACAGCCGCGCGCAAACGUAUCGCGUCACUUUCACGAUCAAAAAUAUAUUACAAACAAAAAAAAAGGGGAAAACUGACUAGAAAUCUCACAUUUUUCUCAACAAAACGGCCAUUUAUCGAGAUUCAACGAGCGUUAUCGGUGUGUUUAUAAAUAAAUUAUGUUGAAUUCAUACAACGGACAAUAGAUUUGCAGCGCGUGUUUGUUUUUCUUUUUCUAUCUUCGAUUCUCUCGACCGGUGUUCGCAGUGCACACUUUGGACGUGCCAAAGUUCUGUUUGAUUGUUUGUGGUGUAAUAUGGGUGUUAUUAAGUUCGCUAUGCCUUUACUGAGUACGCUGGCAGCAUUAGUGAUAAUUGUUCACACCGCAGAAGACAACUUCGAACAGAAUUACAGGGACCUGAGACCUAGGUCUAUGGAUGUUGGUGAAACACGUUUAGAAAAGCCAUUGCGGAACAUGCAAGUAGCUCCUAUUUUGACCCCAUCUCCUCCGAUAGCUCAAGAUGAAAUGUGGGACGAAAUAAAUCCAGAUCAACCCCUAAGACGAAGACGAAGAAAACGCAAAAGGAGGCCAUUAACGUCCAAUGAAGAUGAUCUUACAUCACAGGAGAGAUACAUCUAUACGGAUCCAUCGCGACCAAAUCGUCAAGAAACCAAUGACACGCCGGGAAGGAGACGUAAAAGAAUCGGACAACGCGAACCAAAUGACAACAAACGAUGGAGAGACAGUACAGAAAGAGAAAGGAAGAGAAGGAGAGGACAGAGAAGAAAGAGACCAAACCAAGAUGAGUGGCCGGAAUUAAGCGAGUUCAAUGAUUACCGACAGCAUGAACGUGAACAAAAUAAAGAGGCGGUUGAAGUUAUGGAAACCAGAAUACCUAACACCAAUUAUAAAGAUUAUAGUUUAAACAAUGACUACACGAAAAUCGAAGAAGUGGAAUUAGAUAAGAGUGAAAAUGAACCACAAUUUACUGACCUUUCAGAAUUAAAUUAUGAACAAGAGGCAGAUAAGGGCGACGAUGAGGCAUCUUUAUCAGAAUUUUCAUCAGAAAUUGCGAUAUCUCCUACAGUGACUUCCAAUACUAGUAUUUUAAAGAUAAGGGAUAAAAUACGAGAGAAGGAUCUAAGUAACUAUAACAAUGUAAUUGAUGAAAAAGCCAAGGAAUAUGGCCGUUUGGAUCCCAAAUCUCUAAAAUCUAUUUUAAAAAGAUCAAAAGGAAAAAGUUUAAGCGAAAUUCUACAACAGAAUAACCUAACUUUGGCUGAUCUGCUACAAGGGAAUGUGAGAGCUUUAACGGCACUUAAAAAGGAGGAAUCUAAUCAAAAAUCAAACCAAAAUGUGUUGCCGGAAAAAGCAUUGGAAAUAGACCCGUCGCGGAAUAUGAAGAGAAACAACGAAUACGAAGUAAAUGAGAAUAUCAACUUAGAAACAACAACCUUAAUGGAUACAAGUAGUACAACAAGUGAAAAUAGACCUCAGAAUACAUUAACAAGACGUGCUGAGUCUGUAUUAAGUGAAGACGCAGUUGUAUCCGAAGCCCCUAGACGUAAUGCUAAGCAUUACUUACGACGACGAUAUCCUGUACGGAAACAAAUAAGAAUGAGGGCCAUGACAAAUAACACAUUUAAAGGACAAUUAAGUAGAGAUCUAAUAGCGCAAUCUGCACUUAAAUACAAAAAUAACAGAAACGUAUCCAGGCCACGAGAAUGGAAAGAAUAUCUACCAUCAAGAGUAAAAUUAGGGCAUAUGAAAACACAGCGUAAUAACGAAAACGAUAAUAAUACUGACAAUAUAACAACUAUUGUUUACACACCACAAGAAAGUACUACUCCAGAACAAUUUGAAACUACCACAGAUUCGUCUGAUCUCUAUGAGGACACAGAAAUUCCAAUAAUUAUUGAGAUGGGUACUGAGUCUUCCAGUACUCUAAUGGAUAACAUUCAGACUACCACUGAAAGUAUUGAAGAUGAAGAAACUGAAAACAUUAUUGUUUCAGAGAAGUCCAUAACUUCUUCCACAAAACCAAUUCUUAGCACAUCGGAUCUUAGACGUCAAGUCUUCACUAAUAAGCUUAAGAGAAAAAGACAAAAGCAAAGAGUUUCAACUACGGAAUAUCCAGAUGACAUAGCGUUGCAACAUGUUUUUGGUGAAGCAAAUUUCGUAUCCGCUUCUGAAUUUAUAGCCAAAACACAAACAAAAACGACGAAUGCCAUUGACGAUAACGACUUUUCAACAUUAGAAGAUUUCUUAACCACACAAUCUGCUCAAAGUAUUACAAACAGACACCAAACUAAAAAACUACCUACCACAAAAAUUAACAUUGAAUCGACAACACCAAGCACAUUUACUACUGAAGAAACCGCUAACAUGGAAAUAGAAGAGAUCCUUAAUGACAGUCUGACAAAUGCGAGGCUCACCGAGAUUUUAAAGGAGAGAAAUAUGACGCUAAGUGAAUUAGUGGCUCAUCGAGAACGAGGGUCAAGUCAUUUACACUUAGCAGACAUAUUCCAUAACGCAUCUAGAGAACCGAAUCCGCCGGAACCGUUCCUCACAAAAUCACUUAUAGAACCUAUAUCCAAAGAGACAUAUCCUCUAAGAGCUCUCUUAGAAGCAAAUUUACAUGAUGCCAAAACUACAACAUUAGAUCCAAAUACAUCAAACUUAAACAUACCAGUCGUCAUGGAUUUUGGAAAUAACGUGAACGAAAUUGGAGAAAACAUGGGCAUUAUAUCACUAUUUAAGAAUUUUAGCAAAGUUGACAAUACAACUAUUAAUGAUAGUUAUGUUAUAAACAAAGAUGCUUCAAUAACAGAUGAUAUUGAAAGAGAUGGACGUUCGUUAAAUGGAGUCAAGGAUUCUGUAACGUGGAAUGAUCUGAUAAAAUUAAUACAGACAAAACACCAAGAAACUAAUGAAGAAACAUUAGCUACAGAUGAGGUUCCAAAUCUACCUAAGGAGAAUCUAAAGGACACUAUUGAUGAUAGUUCAUUAGUCUUUGAGGAUUUAGAGAAUUUGGAAAAAAUCAAUAACGAAAUUAGCACAGACGAGUUUCUAGAGAUUAAUCUACAUGAAAGAAAUCAACCUCCACCAAGACCUCAAGUGGAGAUACCCGUUUCCAGUAACACUAGAUCUGUGACGGUAGCCACGAUAAGUAUAACAGGGCUGGCAUUGAUUUUGUUCUUAUUGACUUAUGCCGCGUUAAAAUGGAAACAGCAAAGCUUAAUAUUUAAUAAGACAAAAACCGCAGAGGACGCGUGUGUCCCUACACCGGUAUUUGAAAAUAGGAAAACUCAAAAGCUAAACAGCAGUACUAGAAGUAAAAGUCCUAUGUUGUCUAGUAAUAUUUAUACCAUAGAUUCCAUCGACCCAAGAGAAGGUAGUGAGUCUCCUGAAUACAUGUGGGAUUCAUUAAGGAAACCAUAUCAGUAACAUUAUCUGUAUAAAUCACACUGAAUAUACUUAAUUUAAUUUAUAACCCCUAUAUAAUAAUUUUAUUAUUGUUGUAUCUGUGCAUUUUGGCUAUUUUUAAAAAGUAGGCAUAUUCUACAUUUCAGUAUUAAACGGCAUGUGCAAUACA